GGGGAGGCUGUAGGCUUCUUCCUGUCAGGAAGCGAUGAGGUUACGGUUUGGUCGCUGCAAGGUCUGAGGGAACCAUGGACCGGAGGUGACCCCCAGGGAUCGCUAGUGAUCAGUAACAGCUCUGGACCGGGAGGGGGCGCUAGACGGCGAGCCAAUACUCUCCGCUCUGUCACCAGUAGCCGUGAAGAUGUUGUCCAGAUUGUUUCGUAUGCAUGGCCAGUUUGUGGCUUCCCAUCCCUGGGAGGUCAUCGUGGGUACGGUGACCAUCACCAUCUGCAUGAUGUCCAUGAACAUGUUCACAGGGAAUGAUAAGAUCUGCGGCUGGAACUAUGAGUGCCCCAAGUUUGAUGAAGAUGUACUAAGCAGCGACAUCAUCAUCUUAACCAUCACACGGUGCAUUGCCAUCCUCUACAUCUACUUUCAGUUUCAGAACCUCAGGCAGCUUGGAUCUAAAUACAUUUUAGGUAUUGCUGGCCUCUUCACCAUCUUUUCAAGCUUUGUCUUCAGCACAGUGGUCAUUCAUUUCCUGGAUAAAGAACUGACAGGCUUGAAUGAGGCUCUUCCUUUUUUCCUGCUGCUUAUUGAUCUCUCAAAGGCCAGUGCAUUAGCUAAAUUUGCCCUUAGCUCCAACUCACAGGACGAAGUUCGAGACAACAUUGCUCGUGGCAUGGCCAUCCUGGGGCCUACAUUCACCCUGGAUGCGCUUGUUGAAUGUCUAGUGAUUGGAGUGGGAACAAUGUCAGGCGUUCGCCAGUUGGAGAUAAUGUGCUGUUUUGGCUGCAUGUCCAUCCUAGCAAACUAUUUUGCCUUCAUGACGUUUUUCCCAGCCUGCGUGUCAUUGGUGCUGGAGCUUUCCAGGGAAAGCAGGGAGGGGCGUCCAAUCUGGCAGCUUACUCAGUUUGGAAAUGUGUUGGAAGAGGAGGAAGACAACAAGCCAAACCCUGUCACACAGAGAGUGAAGAUGAUCAUGUCCCUAGGUCUGGUCCUGGUCCACGCUCACAGUCGGUGGAUAAGUGAACCGUCCCCUCAGAACAGCACUGCCAUUUCAGAUCACACGAUUACCAUUGGCUUAGACGAUUCAAUGCCAAAAAGGAUUGAGCCCAACAUGCCUCUCUGGCAAUUCUAUCUGUCUAGGAUGAUCACCAUGGACAUCGAACAGGUCAUAACACUGGGUCUUGCGCUUCUUUUGGCAGUCAAGUACAUAUUUUUUGAGCAGACGGAGACCGAGUCUACCCUGUCCUUGAAGAACCCUAUCACCUCUCCAGUCACUGUGCAGAAGAAGCAGGUGGAGCAUUGCUGCAGAAUGGAAUCUGUGCCAGAAACAACCCCAAAAGAAUGUAAAGUAGAAGACGUUUCAUCAAAGGAAGAGAAAGAAGCGGUCAUAAAGCCAUUGCCACUUGAAAAUUCACCCAAAGCUAACUUUAUGCUGGGUGACUCCUCAUCGUCAGCUGAUUCAAGUGAAGAGGAAAAGGAAACAAACUUUGAUAUGCCAACAGAGCCCCGACCCAUUGAUGAAUGUCUUCGUAUCCUGAAAAACCCAGAGCAAGGCGCCCGGUACUUGAGUGAUGCGGAAGUGAUCAAGCUGGUGAAUGCUAAACACAUCCCAUCCUAUAAGCUGGAGUCCACGAUGGAGUCACCGGAGAGAGGAGUUGCUAUUCGCAGGCAAAUGCUGGCUCCCAAGCUGCCUCAGUCAACGGCCAUGUUGAACUUGCCUUACAAAAACUACAAUUACUCCUUGGUAAUGGGUGCAUGCUGUGAGAAUGUAAUAGGGUAUAUGCCAAUCCCUGUUGGUGUGGCAGGUCCUCUCCUCCUGAAUAAUAAAGAGUUUCAGGUUCCUAUGGCUACAACAGAAGGUUGCCUUGUGGCUAGCACCAACCGAGGCUGCAGAGCCAUAUUGCUGGGUGGAGGUGCCCACAGCCGUAUCCUUGCUGAUGGCAUGACUCGUGGACCAGUUGUCAGGUUGCCUUCUGCAUGCGAUGCUGCUGAAGUUAAGAACUGGCUUGACAGUCCUGAGGGUUUUAAAGUUAUAAAAGAUACCUUUGAUAGCACAAGCAGGUUUGCUCGUCUUGGGAGACUGCAGACCAGUGUCGCUGGACGAAAUCUUUAUAUUCGCUUCCAGUCCAAAACCGGAGAUGCUAUGGGGAUGAACAUGAUAUCGAAGGGCACUGAGAAGGCUCUUUCCAGAUUACAAGAAGAAUUUCCUGAGCUCCAUGUCCUUGCUGUUAGCGGUAACUACUGUACGGACAAGAAGCCAGCUGCAAUCAACUGGAUAGAGGGCAGAGGAAAAUCUGUUGUUUGUGAAGCUACUAUACCAGCAAAUGUGGUGCGAGAGCUACUGAAGACAUCUACAGCCGCCUUGGUUGAAGUGAACAUCAGCAAGAACUUGAUUGGCUCUGCAAUGGCUGGCAGUAUCGGAGGUUACAAUGCACAUGCGGCCAAUAUUGUGACUGCAAUUUACAUUGCCUGCGGACAGGAUGCCGCUCAAAAUGUUGGAAGCUCAAACUGCAUCACCCUGAUGGAGGCCACAGGUCCCACAAAUGAGGACUUGUACAUCAGCUGCACAAUGCCUUCUAUAGAGAUCGGAACAGUGGGAGGCGGGACCACCCUGGCCCCACAACAGGCUUGCCUACAAAUGCUAGGAGUCCAAGGAGCGAGCUCUGAAUACCCUGGCAAAAAUGCCUGUCAGCUUGCACAGAUUGUCUGUGGCACAGUAUUGGCAGGAGAGCUUUCCCUUAUGGCUGCCUUGGCAGCUGGACAUCUAGUCAAGAGCCACAUGGUCCACAACAGGUCCAAAAUUAACCUUCAAGACAUGCCAGGCACAUGCACGAAGAAAGCUGCAUGAUCCAUUACCUCCUGCAGCAAUUUCACUUGGAUCUUAGAUGGACCAUAGCGGGAAAUCUAAGGAAAAGAGCAGAAUAUUUUACGGAAACGUUCUAUAAUGUACAGGUGUUUUGUCACCAGUGGGAAAAGAAAGUUGUGCAGGCAACAUGAGAAGAAGACUUAAGCCAGCCUCAACCUGUGUUAAAUGAAGCUCUAUGUGCCUCAUGUCCGCUUUGUUAAGUCUUAAAGGGUCCAGUAAUCACUGUUGGCGAUGUGUUUGCUGCUGAGGCAAAAGCCAAAUCAAUGGAGAGCUUGGAUCUCAUUUUGUUUGCUUUUCUGCUCACAAUGAACCUUUCUUUAAAGGGGUAUUCUCAGCGUGGUCAUUUAUAGCAUAUCCACACAUAUGCCAUAUAUUUCUGAUAGAUGUGGGUCCUGCCCUGUCUCCAUGUCCUGACUGCUGUGGACGGAGAGGUGGCGGCACAUCCUUGGCGCUCUGCAGUCUUUUCUAUGCGAGUUCCAAGUACAGCCAAGCAAGUGUGUGGUGACAUUUAUUCUGUGCAUAUGCCAUAAAUGUGUAAGAUAAGAAUACCUCCUUAACUUUGAAUGUUUCCUUUUUAUGUAAUCAAAAUGCUGUUUGUAAUAUACCUUUUGUUUUAGUUGAAAAAAAAUAAUAAUUUAUUUGUUGUUGGUCUAGCUUCAGCUCCAGUUUUAUGAGAUUUCAGAUUUCAGAAAGGAAGAUGAAAUGUAGGAAAGCAUCAGAUCAUGUAACCUGUUAUAUGACGCCAGGUCUCUAAUCUGUCUAUCUCCAGCUGUGGUGGCAGGGCAUGCUGGGAGUUGUGAUUCCACUUUAGCUGAAGUACAUGGGUUGGAGAGCAAUGAUAUACACUAGUAAAAAAACAACGGGUCCCUAUGACUGCAUGUACUUGCAUAGCCAUUUUUCUUUACAAUCGAAAUAAGCACAGAAGUUACUUCCAGCCAUACAUAUGCUGUUCGACAGAUCGUCAGCGGUGUUUAAAAUGUGAGUUUUCUUAUAAAAAAUCUUUUACUAUCCAGGCCUAUUUUUUAAUUCCGCCUAAUUUGUUCCUGCAGAUGCUACUGA